GGAUUAGUCACCUUAAUUAUAAAAUAAAAAAAAAAUAAAAAAAUAAAAAAAAGGAAAGAAACGUGUGGCUUGGAUGGUUAGUUACGCAAAGAAGAAGGAGGGAAAAAGUAAGGGAGCACGCAGAUUGCAGUGAAGAGCUUUGAUGAGUUCGUCGUCGCAGCGUCUUUCAGUUAAUAAUUUGAAAGAUCUAUUUGAUUCAGUCGAAGCUUUUCUCUUCGAUUGCGAUGGUGUGAUUUGGAAGGGUGAUCAACUUAUCGAUGGCGCUUCUCAAACUCUCCACAUGCUUCGCUCCAAGGGGAAGAAGUUGGUGUUUGUCACCAAUAAUUCUUGGAAGUCUAGGAGCCAAUUCGCUGAAAAGUUCAAAUCUUUGGGAAUUUCUGUUUCCCCGGAUGAGAUAUUCUCGUCGUCUUUUGCAGCUGCUAUGUACUUGAAGCUCAACAAUUUCCCUACCCAAAAGAAGGUUUAUGUGAUUGGUGGGGAUGGUAUACUGGAUGAGUUGCAGCUUGCUGGCUUCACAGCUUUUGGUGGUCCUGGUGAUGCAGAUAAAACAAUAGACUGGAAGCAGAGUGGAAUUUUUGAACAUGAUAAGAGUGUCGGAGCUGUAGUGGUUGGUAUAGAUCCAAAAAUUAACUAUUACAAGCUCCAGUAUGGAACCCUUUGCAUACGCGAAAAUCCAGGAUGCCUUUUCAUUGCCACCAACCGUGAUGCAGUUGGGCAUAUGACUCCUUCCCAAGAAUGGCCUGGAGCGGGGUGUAUGGUUGCGGCCGUGUGUGGAUCAACCCAGAAGGAGCCUGUUGUAGUCGGGAAACCAUCAACCUUCAUGAUGGACUUUUUACUUGAGAAAUUCAAUUUAAGUUGCUCCAAGAUGUGUAUGGUGGGUGAUAGAUUAGAUACCGAUAUAUUGUUCGGACAAAGUGCUGGUUGCAAAACUCUUUUAGUGCUUUCAGGUUGCACAACUCAAUCAGCUCUACAAGACCCUUCAAAUAAUAUUCAGCCGGACUAUUACGCGACCAAAAUUUCUGAAAUGCUUGAAUUAUUGGGAGCAUAAAUUGGUUUUUUUUUCUUCCCCAAUUUAGACACUCCUUUCAUCCCAUUGAGACUGCAGAAUAAUGCUUUCCACAUUGAUACAAUUUUCACAAUUUAUGUGGUUGGUACCUCAUUUUCUGCCACCUUAAUUUUGUGGUAGUUUAAACCAAACAUCCCAUGUGGGUAAUGGGUUUGCAACAAUCUUCCCUCAUUAUUUAUCUAAUGUGUUAAUUGCCAUUUAUGCAGUACUUUUACCAUA